AUGAUAAUAAGUGUUAAAAGUGGCCGUUGUCGUCCAUGGAAUCACCUGAGAAGCAAACUCCCAGGUCUAGCAAUGCAUUUAAAAACAAGCCUGGGCGAGGUCGAACCGCCUCACACACUCAAGGAAAAAAGUAAUCCCAAAUGUAGUAGAGGAAAAGCUUAUGCUAAGCUUAUUCAAACCAAAUCUCAACGUAGAAUCCCGAAUGGUCGUAUUGCUAGCCGUUCUUCUGCUUUGUACAGGUUAAAAUGCAGAACUUCACAGGCUGUGUAUGUCAAUAAACGACCAUAUAGGCGUCGUAUUCCAAAUGUCAAUUCUCAGGCAAAUACUUCACCACAAACUAACUCUGAGUUUGGUAUCAUUCCUAAUGAUGAAAACCCAGUUGAGCAGGUUCAAUCGCUAUUUGAUGCCAAAUCCAUCCGUAAGCAGUCGUCUGGUUCACGUCGAAGCAUAAACAGAAUUGUAGAACGUCUAAUUGAAGGACGAAAAGAUUUCAGACAGAAUGAUGAAUCGAAGGAUUCCAGUAAGUACUCAGAAUCCAUUUCAUCUUCCUCUUCAACGACUUCUGGUGAAUUGCCUCAAGAAUUAGAACUCGUUUUUGAAGGCUUUUACGAUAGUGAAAAAGAAGUGGAUUGGGUCACCGUGGACGCUUCUGUUAAUGUUCAUUUACGCUUUGGAUGGGCAUGGCGCCGUAAAAUAUGCCCAGAUGAUACAAUUUUAAAUAUAACGCCAAAUCCAAUUCGAAUAACUUGUUACAGUCAUUCAACUGGCUACACUUCCCUAGUUAACUCACCACCUACUUCUAAUAAUGAUAAUAAUAAUACUGCUACUACAAAUACGACCCAUACCGCUUGUCGUUUCUCUUUAACCGAUCUAAUUAAUCAAGUUAAAUGGAAUACAUCUAGUGGUCGUUUAACAUCUGCUCAAUUGGAGUUACAUGUUUCCGCCACUGAACGACGUUGGUUAAAACGUCCCGAUUUAAGUCAUGGAGCAGUUAGUUUGAAUGGAAUUACUCCAAACAUUUCAAACAACUUAACAAAUCAUAUUGUUAAUCAUAUAAACCAUAGCAAUAAUAGUAAUAAUAACCUAUCCCAAAAUUCCCAUGUAACAUUUAUCAAUGGUAAUCCAUUGCGUAAAGGUGGUUUAAGUUCAAAUUCCUAUCCAGUUCAAUAUGCUACAGCUCCAUUACCUUUGAUCGUAUCUUCAAUUGGUUUCGAUAGUACCAGUACCGGUCGUCAACUGCUUCUGACUCCUGGUUUAUAUGAAUUACGCCUUGGUGUAGACACGUCCGACGGCAAUGGUAGUAGUGGUGGCAUGAUGAAUAAAGUUGUGCCAUUAAAAUGUUUAGAUGACAAUGUAAGUGAAAAGUCAUAUGUUUCGGCUAACAACGACCAAGCAAGUGACACGUACUCUAGUCAAGUUGAAUGGAGGCGCAUUCGGUUUCCUAAUUCUUCCACGGCACUAGACGAGUAUUCUCGAUGGCCUCGUCUUCGGUUUUCUGUCAUAUGGCAUAAUAAAUUGGAAAAUAAUCAGAUCAUUUCACCUUGUAGAUCGAUGGAAGCUCGAAGACAAGAUAAUACCCAUGUACAUAUGGAGGGUCGAUCCUCUCUUACACGUUCCAUGACAAGUUCUCAUAAUCGAGAUGUAAUCAAGUCUCAAAAUCAGUCUGCCACACCGCAUAAACAAAUAGUUUUGAAGGAGUCUUGCGAUUCUUCUGUAUUCAAAGAUUCAACCGGUUUAGAUAAAUGUCUCUCUAAUCGUGUACAACAAAGUCUCUCUGCUCAUUUUGAACCAGACGUUGAUAAGCCCACGUCUACGAAGACGCCACACUUAAUUCAUCCAAUCACAUACGGUUUUGUAUUCGGGGGUAAUUUACAACAAUGGUCUCAGUCCACUGAUCUUGUUUGUCCAUGGUGCCACUUAGAUUGUGCUCGUGCUGGUGAUAAAGGUCCUGAAGCCUUGAUUCUUCAUCUUCGAACUUGUCAUCCAAGAUUUCGUCUCAAGGUUAUGUGGGAUCCAUCACAUACGCAGUUAAGCCUACAAGUUUCAUUAAAUGAAGCAUAUGACGGUUCAAAUGAUUGUGGUAUACGUAGAUGGUGUCCGAGCGGUCGAAAUAAUUUCGUUUUACGACAUCAUGUCAUUCCAUCAUCUGGUCAGUUAGUCGGUAGUUGUGCUGCCCUAGGUAUAAAUAGUAAUGCCAAACAGUCAGGUAAUCAAGGUCGUCAUUCUAUUUCUCCAACUCUGAUUGAUGCCACUGUUCGAAUUCGUUGUCCUGUUCGACGGUUGCCGUACACACAUUUGAUAUUUUGGCGUGGUGCUGAAUUAUCAACUGAUCAGUUACUUGAUCCUACAUUAUCGGUACGACCUAUGGUCACUGGACAUAAUCGUAUUUAUUAUCAUACACGUACAUCCCAGCCUGUUCGUGCUUGUGAAUUUGAUGUGGACUCUGAAGCGGAAGAUGCUCCAGUCUGGCUUCGUCAACAUUAUCAACGUAAAGUGGAGGAGUUCACCGAUGUGAAUCCGGGUGAAAAACAAAUUAUGCAAUUGUGGAAUGCUUUACUACUAUCAAUUCGUCCAUCCGGUUUAGUAGUUUGUGACAGUCAAGUAUUAACAUUAGUCUGUCAAUUUAUACAUCAGCAUAGUCGAUGGAUUCAUAGACGACGUCUACGUACUAAUCUAUUGUUACAUUUAGUGAAUCUUGUUGAUUAUGGCUUAUUAUCAUCUAGUCAAUUGCGUCAAUUAAUGUUAAUUCAUGAUAAACAUGUACAAGAAUUAAAUCCAAUCAACAAUACAUCAGUGAUUAAUAAUCACAUAAUUAAUACACAACCAUUAUCAUCUCCAUCAAACGCUUCAGCAACAUCUUUCUUACCCGACUCUAAAUUAGUUAAUCAUCAUAUUAAUAAGUCACAACCAAUUAUUCCACGUCUUCUUCAGAUGUUCUCUUCAACAUCUAAUUCAUAG